CCACGGCGCGCAGGCGCGCGGGGUGGAUCAGACGCGAAUUCUGCGCGGGGAAGCUGAAGAGGGAGGUGGCGGCUCCGCUGGGCGGGCGGUGGCGAUUCCACGUGCUCCCAGCGCCCGGUUGAAACCGUUGGCAGGCGCUGGCUGAGAGGAUAAGACUUAAAACCUGUCUUGGAUAAAAAGAAUAUUUAAUCAUUUAGCUAAAAAUGGUGUUUUUUACAUGCAAUGCAUGUGGUGACUCAGUGAAGAAAAUACAAGUGGAAAAGCACGUGGCUCUUUGUAGAAACUGUGAGUGUCUUUCCUGCAUUGACUGCGGUAAAGACUUCUGGGGCGACGACUAUAAAAACCAUGUGAAAUGCAUCAGCGAAGAUCAGAAGUAUGGCGGCAAAGGGUAUGAAGGUAAAACCCACAAAGGUGACUUUAAACAGCAGGCGUGGAUUCAGAAAAUUAAUGAGUUAAUAAAAAGACCCAAUGUCAGCCCCAAAGUGAGGGAACUUUUGGAGCAAAUUAGUGGUUUUGACAAUGUUCCCAGGAAAAGGGCGAAAUUUCAGAAUUGGAUGAAGAACAGUUUAAAAGUUCAUAAUGAAUCUAUCCUGGAGCAGGUGUGGAAUAUCUUUUCUGAAGCUUCCAGCAAUGAACCAGUCGGUAAGGGGCAAGAGCAGCAGCCACUGGAGCAAGUGGCCAGAGCACCUGCAGAGAACAAUGCCAAGGUCACGUCCUCCAAAGCAGACGACAGCACGGAAGAGCCAGCAGAGGCGAAGAAGAAUAAGAGAGAAAGGAAGGAAGAACGGCAGAAGAAUAGAAAAAAAGAAAAGAAAGAACUAAGAUUAGAAAACCACCAAGAGAAUUCAAAGAGUCAGAAGCCUAAAAAGCACAAAGCGGGGCAGGAGGCCGCCGGGGAGGCCGCCGGCUCUGCGGGGAAGAAGAGCCAGAGGAAGAGGAGCAAGGCCGAGCGCACCCAGGACGGGGUGGUGGAUGGAGACGCGGAGGGAGAAGAGACAAAAGCCGGUCUGGGGAAAAGAAAGCGGAAGCAUUCAGAAGUUGAAGCCGAUUCUAAGAAGAAAAAGAUUAAGCUCCCAGAACAUUCUGAGGAUGGAGAACUGGAAAACCGUGAGGCUCCUGCAGAAGGUAAAUUCAACUGGAAAGGAACCAUUAAAGCAGUUCUGAAACAGGCCCCAGACAACGAAAUAGCAAUCAAAAAGCUAAGGAAAAAGGUUUUAGCUCAGUACUACGCUGUGACAAAUGAACAUCACAGAUCUGAAGAGGAGCUCCUGGUCAUCUUUAACAAGAAAAUCAGCAAGAACCCCACCUUGAAGAUAUUAAAGGACAAGGUCAAGCUUUUAAAAUGAACAUUUUUAUAUUUAAAAAUCGAAUCCAUUCUGUUGAUCCCUCUCUUCCUUUCACAACCAUUUGUAAAACAUGUAAUGAAUUAUCACAACUCAGAUUUUGCUUUCCAAAGCUGUAUUUUUAAGUUAAGAAAAAAAAUAUAUUUUUGGUAGAACUUAUAUGGGAAAAUAAAAUAUAUUCUUGUCCCAAGUUCUAAAUUCGUGGCAGUGAAAAUGUUUUUAUUUUUUUAUUUUUUGGCACACGGGCUUAGUUGCUCC